AUAACUACUGGGGUUCCGAGCUUGCAAGCACACACACGAAUGUUCGCAUUGUUCCAGUCAGUUAUCCAUUGUGUUGCGCUGUCAGAUCUGGAAUCCAAGCAACUCUGAGGUGAAACCCGAUGUACAAACAAUAAUUCGGUGAAAUCUCGAGCUUCCAGGUAGUCGGUGCCAAUCGGGGCACAGAGUAGGGCUCGAACGAGAAGAAAGAGAAGUCGAGAGUCAUGGCUGGCGCUUUGGAUGCGAUGAUUCCGGUAGGCCUGGGCCUGACGGUGCAGGAGCUUGCAAAUUUGGGCGCAUUUGGAGUGGUCCGAGAGUCGGUCAAGGUGUUCGGAGGAGCACGGCCUGCGCUCGUGUGGAUUCAAUUCGCCCUCGUCUUGCCCUUCACCCUCUUCAUCAACGCAGAUCAAUACCUCCAACACAAAAUCAUCGACAAGCUUUGCCCCGAUGUGCCGCCACCUCCGUCUCCCCCGAUCGUCAGGCUCGCCUACGCGGGGCCGCUCGGGCAUGUGCAGAAGUGGAUGGCCACGGAUCUGCACAAGUGGUUGGACAUGGAUCUGCACCAAUGGCUCGGACUGCUGUCCAUCGUCGGGCUCGUCCUGCUGAGCUUCUUCGUCGGCCUCGUCGUGCUGGCGGCCAUUUACCACGCCGUGGGAUGCAUCGUCCAGGGCAGGAACGUGGGCUUCUGCGAGGCGAUGAAGGGAGUGCCCCGGCUAUGGAGGAGGCUCUUCGUCACCAGCUUCGUGAACAUGCUGCUCGUGCUCUCAUCCGUGGCCGUGUUCAUCAUCUUCGUCAUCAUCUUCAAGCUCGCCGUGCCCAGCAAGCACGAUCUGCUGCCGAUCAUCGUCGCCGUGGUCGGAGCUGUGUUCCUGAUCCCUAUUUUCAUCAUCUACCUCAUGUUCCAGGUCGCCAAUGGCGUCACUUGCUUCGAGGAGGAUUAUGGUGUGGCCGCCUUCCGCAGAGCCAAGCACAUCAUGCACGGCAAGUGGUGCUCGGCCGUGCUCUUGUUCAUCCUGCUCGCCAUCCCCACCACGCUGCUCGGCGCCCUGCUCGGCUCCCCGAUCGCCAUCGCCACGGGCUUCAGCUGGAAGCUCCUCGUCCUCGUCGUCGUCUACGUCAUCUUCACCUCGUACCUCACCGAGCUCAUCUGCAUCUGCUGGGCCGUCUUCUUCUUCUCGUGCGCCGCCACCUUCGACCUCCGAGCGCCGCACGACGAAACGCUGGCUGCCUCCUACCAUGCUCUGCCCGAAGACGGCAUCGCCGCCCCGUGAUCGAGCGAGCGAGCGAGCGAGCGAGCGAGGAAGCGAGGAGCGAGAAAUAAAAAAUCCGCCCGAAGAAGAGGCGAACAGUUUGUAGAAUUUUCGACCCACGAUGAUGACCAUCCGCACCUCGAGGGGAAUAAAACUCCGAGCGAUCAGAAGAUUUGUCCCUCCCUGACAUUGAUUGAUUGAUUGACAAAUUCGCCCCUCCCUCUCGACGACGACGAAUCCUCAGCCCCCGCCGCCACAUGUGCACUUUCUCGGCGAUCGUCGAAGCCUCAUGAACGAAUCCGCUCGCACCUCGAGGGGGGCGCCCUGUUACCGGUGAUCACCCGUACUCUCUUGGUAUUUUGUCCUGACGAAGGCCUAGAUUGCAUAGUAUAACCGUACCCACCGGUCACCAUGUAAACUCACUCCGAAGCUGCUGCUCAGUCUCGGCCUUGCCGCCAUCAUUUUCCAUCGCCAUCAUUUCAUAAACAUUCGAGAGAAUUUCUCUCGCGGGCUCCGUUUGAGGCAAAAGUGUGGUCCGAUCUUUCGCGCAAUGUAUAUCUCUCUUUCAUCACGAUGACAGCUUUUGUGAGUUUCAAGUUUUUCCAGCCGGUAGCGUGAUUCUGAUUUCUGUGGUGCGUUCGUCGGAGAUGAUGAUGUUCUGGCCCUUUAUGGCCUACUGUACAGCCGGAUUCCCUGGACUCGAGGACUUAUUGAUGAGGGCUACGGUGCUAGGGGAGAAUAUCUUCAAUUGUAGUUGACCAGGUCUAGGAUCUGAUUGCCUCCACAACACGGGUAAAUUAUUGUUUAGUCCAUGUAGAUUUUUCUUCAAUCUCAACUUGAAACCAAAAGAGAAUUAGUUU